AUGGAGGUCCAGGACGGAGCCGACCUCUGCUUCCCGCUGCUCCACAACAGCUCCUGCAGGAAGCCGGCGGCCCACUGGUCCGAGGGCGUGCUGCUCAACGCCGUGCUGUCCCUGGUCUCCACCGCCACGGCGGCGCUCAACCUGCUCGUCAUCAUCUCAGUCUCCCACUUCAGGCAGCUCCAGACGCCCACCAACAACCUGCUGCUGUCGCUGGCCGCGUCGGACUUCCUGGUGGGGCUGCUCUCCAUGCCGGUGGCCAUCUACAAGCAGUCGUCGUGCUGGGCCCUGGGCGACCUGCUGUGCUCCCUGUACAACUACGUCUCCUACAUCGCCACCAGCGCCUCGGUGGGACACAUGGUGUUCAUCUCGGCCGACCGCUACGUGGCCAUCUGCGACCCGCUGCGCUACCCCAGCAGGGUGACGGUGGCCCGGGUGCGGGUGUGCGUGUGCGCGUGCUGGCUCUGCUCGGUGCUGCACUGCGCCUACAUCCUGAUGGAGGACCUGGCGGAGCCGGGCAGGCACCACCUGUGCUCCGGCGAGUGCGUCAUCAUCAUCAACUACGUGGCGGGGACGGUGGACCUGGUGGUGACCUUCGUGGCCCCCAUCGCCGCCAUCUUCGUCCUGUACUCCCGGGUGUUCGUGGUGGCCGUGGUCCAGGCCCGCGCCGUGCGCUCCCACGUGCACGCCGUGCGGGCGCGGCUCACGGCCAAGCGGUCGGAGCUGAAGGCGGCGCGGACGCUGGGCGUGCUGGUGGUGGUGUUCCUCAUGUGCUUCUGCCCGUACUACUGCGUCUUCCUGGUGGGCGGCGACCUGCUCAACGCCUCGUCCGAGUUCUACCUGCUCUUCCUCCUCUACUUCAACUCCUGCGUCAACCCGCUGAUCUACGCCCUCUUCUACCCCUGGUUCAGGAAGGCCACCAGGAUCAUCGUCACGCUGCAGAUCCUGCGGGACCGAUCGUCCGAGGCCAACGUGCUGUAG